AUGGAGAGGGAACACAUCAAUCAAUUGAUCACAUGUAUAUCAACACUACCAGAUGAUGACAAAUACAAACAAAUAUUUUUUGCAUUUGCAGAGUGUUUAAACGACUUGACCAAACCGAGUUGCUUUGACGAGAACGAUAAAGUUAAUACACCUCCACAACACCACAAUGAAAGGGAUAAAAAUUGUAGUUUAAAACCUUCACUUAAUGACACAAAAGGUAUUCCAAAGAAAAUUGAACACGAAGUACCAACAAUUGAGAUUAACGCAUUGGACUUACUUUCAGGAUCAACACCGAUGAUCACACACAUUCAUACCGUCUUAACUUUUGUUCAGUUGAAGACAUACAAAGUUGUUUGUGAUACAACUUCUAACACACAAAAGGAUUUGGUCAAUUUUUUAAAGCAAACACAGACGUCUUCAUUAUACUUCGAGACAGACUCGGGCCGCACUUUCUCGAUAUUUUUCUCAAAGCCACAAAAGAAGAUACUGUUUAUUACACACAACGAAAAACCUCAAUGCAUCUCUCCAAUUGGCGAUUGUGAUCUGAAGUAUUCCAAUUCGGAAGACGUCAUCAUGACAUUUGGAAAUGAUACCAAUUUCCUUCGCGUUGGCACUUUAGGCAAAGCAAAGAGUUUUGCGUACUUCUUCGACAACCUCUUUCCAAUGAACAAUCCUUAUUUUGUCAACAUAUCUAAGUUCAGAACAAAUCGAAUAGUUCUCUUCGACUUGAAUUAA